AGAGAGAGAGAGAGAGAGACAGAGCGAGAGAGAGCGAGGGAUAGGGUGAGGCAGCACAGCUGACCUUCAGAGGGAAAAGCAAGGAAGCAGAGACCCAAUAGGCAGCCUGCUUAACGGAGGAGAGCAAAGUGUGGUAGAACAAGGUAGAAGAAAGAGAAAGAAACAAGUCAAAAAGAAGCCUUCAGUGAGAGAGAAAGGACUUCAGAGGGCAGUACCAACAACAAGACGAUGAAGGCUGAGCUAGGAUACUGCUCUCUACUUCUUCUUCUCCUUACCAUAGAUGUUUGGGGACAGCAGUCCAGACCCCGACCUCGACCAAAACCUCCCACCACCAGGAGGCCUCCCAAGAAAGAGCCAGAACCCAAGGAGCCCACUGACUUUCCUCCUGUUAUCAUUGGUCCACCUUCUUCUUUCCCAGACUGCCCAAGGGAAUGCCUGUGCCCCGCUUCCUUCCCAAAUGCCUUGUACUGUGAGAACCGAAACCUCCGCAAGGUCCCGGUCAUCCCACCUCGCACCCACUAUCUCUACUUGCAGAACAACUACAUUGAUUCAGUGACUGCAGACCCCUUUAACAAUGCCACAGAACUCAAGUGGGUAAACCUAGGGAAUAACCGCAUUCGGUCUAUAGAGAAACAAGUGUUCCAGAAGCUCCCAAACCUGCUGCAUCUAUAUAUGCAGAGGAACCUUUUAAAGGAAGUCCCAAGCAAUCUGCCUGCUGGCUUGGAGCAACUACGACUCAGUCGUAAUCAGAUCUCAAAGAUUGCUCCUGGAGCUUUCAACAAGAUGAAGGACCUUGCUCUCCUGGACUUGCACCAUAACAAGAUCAGCGACAGCAACCUGGCCAAGAAUAUCUUUAAAGAUCUUAAGAACCUUGUACAGCUUAACCUGGCUCACAACAUCCUGAGGAAGAUGCCUGCAAAUAUACCCAACAGCAUUUCCCAGUUGUUCUUGGACAAGAACAACAUUGAGGAAAUUCCCCAGAACUAUUUUAAGGACUUCUCGAACCUAGCCUUUGUUAGACUUAACUACAACCAAUUGACUGACAAGGGCCUCCCAAAGAUGGUAUUCAAUAUUAGCACACUGCUGGAUUUACACUUGGCACACAACAAUCUGACUAGUGUUCCAUUUUUCAACUCUCACCUGGAGCAUCUACACCUUAACAACAACAAUAUCGAGAGAAUCAACGGAACAGAGAUCUGUCCCUUUACACCCUUUACACUGAGUGAGGAUGUAAAUGAUCCAGACCACGUGCCCAGGCUGAGGUACUUGCGGCUAGAUGGUAACCAUUUGACCCCGCCCAUCCCAUUGGACGUCAUCAUGUGCUUUAGACAUCUCCACUCAAUAGUGAUAUAGAGGACAUCUGAAAUUUUCUCUAUGCACAGUGCUCCUGUUCACUUGACAGUACUGACUGAAUUAACAGUACUAUGGGAAACGCAAAGAAAUAGCAAUAGACGGUUGCUUGAUAGCUUCAGGAAUGUUUGUCUGAGCUUUGAAAAGCAUAUUUAUUAAACUUCAAAUAGGAACAACUGCUUUGAGCAUGUCUGCAUUAAAGGUACACAUUUGAUGUUAUGUUCUUGUGAUGCAACAGUAUUAACUACAAUUAAAUAUCUAUGAAAUGAAGGUGGAUUAACAGACAUGCAGUUUUUAAUCUACAUUGUAGUUAUGAAUAAUGUACUGAAACAGAUAAACUGCUAGUUAGAUCACUAACCACUUAGGAACACCUGUACACCUGCUUAUUCAUGCAGUUAUCCAAUCGGUCAAUCAUGUGGUAGCAGCACAAUGCGUAAAGUCGUGCAGAUACAGAUCAAGCUUCUGUUAGUGUUCAUGGAACAUCAGAAUGGGGAAAUGUGAUCACAGUGACUUUGUGGCAUGUUUAGUUGGUUUGAGAAUUUCUCCAAAAAAAAAAAAAACUCCAGUGAGUGGCUGGAAAUUCUGUGGGUGGAAAUGCCUUGUUGAUGCGAGAGGUCAGAGGAGAAUGGCUAGAGUGUUUAGAGCUAACAGGAAGGCUAUGGUAAUUCAAAUAACCACUCGUUACAACUGUGGUGAACAGAAAGGCAUCUCAGAAUGUGCAACAUGUAGAAUUUUGAGGUAGAUGGGCUAUAAUGGCAGAAGACCACAUCAGAUUCCACUCCUGUCAGCCAAGAACAGGAAUGUGAGGCUACAAGCUCACAUAAACAGACCAGCUGAAGUUUUUUCCUGUUUUUGACUGACAGGAGUGGAACCUGAUUGCUGUUCUGUAGCCCAACUGCCUCAAGUUGGCGUGUUAUAUAUUCUGAGAUGCUUUUCUGCUCACCACGGUUGUAAAAAGUGGUUAUGAGAGUUACUAUAGACUUUCAAUUCAAACCAGUCUGGCCAUUCUCUAACUGAUUGGCUGAUUGGACAAUUACAUGAAUGAACAGGGGUACAGGUGUUCCUAUCACAGUCACCAGUAGGACUAAUAAAAGGAAUAUAGUCACAUUAAAAGAUGAAGAAAUGGAACUGGGAACAACGUGACUACCAUGUAAUUUGAACUGUGCUUAAUGUGCCUAUGAUUAAGGUAAUGUAAAAAUAAUAAUAAUAGUAAUAAUUUCUUGUUGUCACUUGCCUUUUUGCAUCUUCUGAGCAUAAAUAAAACCUGUUCUUAACUAUGAGGUUCUCCCUCAACAA